UCUUUUUCAUCUCACUUCAACAUUUCUUUGUGUUCUGUUUCCUAACUGAAAAUUACUGUGAAGUCUUCUUUCCAGUCUCUCUCUCUCUCCCUCUCACGCAUUCCUCCUUUGUGUCUCUCAAGCGAAGAGAUUGCCAAUGGCAUUUAGUAUGACACAUCAGAUCGGGGCCGUCUCGGGGGCGCCGGUACUGGCGGAGUCCGGGAACGUGAUGGGGGAAUCGACGGCGACGGUGAGUGCAUCGGCGGUGUGGAAGUCGCCGGCGGCGAAUUUGAGGUGUCGGGUUCGGAGCAACCAGGGGGCGGAAAUGGAGAGGAUGUCGCCGCCGGUGAGUCCGUGCAGGGCAUCGUCGCCGGUGAUGGGGGGUAUCCGGGCGGAUCUGUCGGCGGCGUGCCAGGCUUUCGAGACGGAGGAGGUGAGGGAGCACCGGGGGGUGGGUGCGGCGGCGAAGGGGAAGGGGGUGCCGGUAUUCGUGAUGAUGCCGCUGGACAGCGUCACGAUGGGGAACACGGUGAACAGAAGGAAGGCGAUGAACGCGAGUAUGCAGGCUCUGAAGAGCGCGGGAGUGGAGGGGGUGAUGAUGGACGUGUGGUGGGGAUUGGUGGAGAGAGAUGCGCCGGGGGAGUACAACUGGGGAGGCUACGCGGAGCUGCUGGAGAUGGCGAGGAAGCACGGCCUCAAAGUUCAGGCGGUCAUGUCCUUCCACCAGUGCGGCGGCAAUGUCGGGGACUCUUGCACGAUUCCUUUACCAAAGUGGGUUGUGGAAGAGAUCAACAGAGACCCAGACCUCGCAUACACAGAUCAAUGGGGGAGGAGGAAUUACGAAUAUGUAUCCCUGGGUUGCGAUUCUCUUCCUGUCCUCAAGGGCCGGACCCCCGUCCAGUGCUAUUCAGAUUUCAUGCGGGCCUUCAGAGACAAUUUCCACAAUCUUCUUGGUGACACCAUCGUGGAAAUUCAAGUCGGAAUGGGUCCUGCAGGCGAGCUUCGGUUCCCUUCAUACCCAGAGCAGAACGGCACAUGGAAAUUCCCUGGAAUUGGGGCCUUCCAAUGCUAUGACAAGGUAAUUAAAACUGUUUCUGCGUCUAAUUUUUGUUCUUCAGAUGAUGCUAUUUUGAUCAAGUGUGUGUUUCCUCCUCUGCUCUUACAUUGUUUUCGUGUUCAACAUGAUGUGAUGCAGUACAUGCUCAGUAGUUUGAAAGCUGCAGCUGAAGCUGCUGGUAAGCCAGAGUGGGGUAGCACCGGCCCCACAGACGCUGGACAUUACAAUAACUGGCCAGAAGACACCCAGUUCUUCCGCAAGGAAGGUGGGGGAUGGAAUAGUCCUUAUGGCGAAUUCUUCCUCACCUGGUAUUCGCAGCUGCUCUUGGAGCAUGGUGACAGAAUACUGUCGUCAGCAGAGACCAUCUUCCACAGCACGGGGGUGAAGAUUUCGGUUAAGAUCGCAGGCAUUCACUGGCACUAUGGAUCCCGGUCUCACCCACCGGAGCUCACUGCCGGAUAUUACAACACUCGUUUCAGAGAUGGGUACCUGCCGAUAGCGCAAAUGCUGGCACGCCACGGAGGUAUAUUUAACUUUACUUGUAUAGAGAUGCGGGAUUAUGAGCAGCCGCAAGAUGCCCUUUGUGCGCCGGAGAAGCUUGUGAGGCAGGUGGCUCUGGCAACUGGAGAAGCACAGGUCCCCCUGGCAGGGGAAAAUGCAUUGCCUCGGUAUGAUGAUCAAGCACUUGAGCAGAUCAUACGAUCCUCCACAAUGAACACGGAAGACAGGGAGAUGUGUGCAUUCACAUACCUGAGGAUGAGCCCGAACCUGUUCCAGCCGGACAACUGGAGGCGUUUUGUGGCGUUUGUGAAGAAGAUGAGGGAAGGGAAGGAGGUGGAGAGGUGUAGGGAGCAGGUGGAGCGGGAGGCUGAGCACUUUGUGCACGUUACUCAGCCCUUGGUGCAGGAAGCUGCGGUUGCUCUCAUGCACUGAAGGGCAUUCUUUACAUUACUCGCUGGGAGGCUUUUUUACUUGGCCAUGCUUUCUAUAGCUGCAUUUUACUCUUUCUUCAUUUAAAAUGGUAAAACAUUGGAUGUUUGGGGUUUGGGGAUGGGUUUGUACGUUUGUAUUUGUAAUAUGACAGGUUCAUAUAUAUAAUAUUUGCGAGUAUAUAUUUUUGUCUGCCAA